AUGCCUGAUUGUACUUCCUUUAACACAUGGUGCGACGAAUGCCGACUUGCCUCGACCAGAGUCCACCCAUGCAUUGUGAAAGAUGACCUCAUCUGCCCGAAUGAGACAUACCCAGUUAUCUACACGCUCUCCUUCAAAGGGAGUAACUCAGACGCGAAAGAGCUCCUCCGAGUCACGCGGGAACGCUUUCAGUACACAUUCAGAGGUGGGCUGCCCGUGGAGGGAGCGGUGCGAGAGGCCGCAAAAGGCGACGGCGAGAGCGAGUCGCGAUGGCAAGAUUUUGAUGGUACACCGGCCAUGGAUCGCCUGAAUGCUGUGGCUCGCGAGGAGAUCGAGAUGGAGAGAGAGCGGUGGCAGUCCUUUUCGCAUACGCAUAGCAGAUAUCAACGCCCUAGUGCAUUGAGGAGAGCAGGCCGCUGGAUAGGACUUCUAGUCCCAAACAAGAUGGACAUGGAGCCGUGGCAUGACAGGCAUAGAUGUUCGGGUACAGUGAUGAGCGCAAGCGACUGGAACGGACCUUUAACUCCAGCCGAGAGGGAGAUAGAACGUAUACGGGCUGCUGGGGCUCGAAAGCGACAGCGCGAAAUGAGCAUCCUCGCGGUAUUCCCAGUUGAUGUUCAAGCCGGGGAUAGCUUUGACAAGGUUUUCUGUAUGGAGUUUGGGGAUGAGUUCACACUCACGAACAGAUCGCCGUUUAGUGAUAGUGGACAUGCGAGCCUGCACCAUCUCAACUGGUUGGCAAUGGUUCACCCUGAGGACGAGCCUGAGGACGAGCCUGAGGACGAGCCUGAAGGGAAUGAGUCUGAGGAGGAUGAGCAUGAAGAGGAUGAGUAG